UUCUCUCCGGUCUCCACAUUUUCCCUCCCAGCCCUCCACUUCUCCGGAUCAAUGGAUAGUAUGGCUUCAACUCCCAGCUCACACACCGCUGGCGGACACCCCAGUAACAAGUGAGAGCGCUCCACCCCGCAGCCCCCGCCUCUCCUCCCUCCGUCCCCUCGGCUCUUGGAGAAAAACGAACAGCCUCCCCAGCUCUCGCACCGAUUUUCCUCUUCAACUUUACCCAGCAGAGGACAGGAAAACAGCCUCAACCUUUUCAUGCACAGCCCAGUCACAGGAUUGCUUUCCAUCUCCUCUUGAUCCCUCCGGGAUAUUCUGUUGAUUGAUGCCUAGCAAGCCCCGCGGAGAGCAGGCUUCCCUCUUUUUGCUCCCUCUGUCUCCUUGAGUUAGUUUUCCAAGGUUUUACUGGGCUCGGGAAUCUCUUGGACCGAAUGGAACUUUUUGCUGCUUUCUUUUGCUGCUGAUUCUGUCAGUGGACGAGAGAAAAGGCUUCGGAGGCAGAAGAGGCACAGGGGAGGUGGAGAAAGAGGUGGAGGAAGAGGACGAGGAGGAGGAAGCCGAAGGGGCUUGGCGUUUGUGUGUGCAUGUGUGCAUGCGUGUGUGUGCAUGUGUGUGAGUGCCGCCGCUGCCCAGGACCCCCGGCCCCGAAGGUGUUGGCUGAAAUAUGGAGAAUAGUCUUGGAUGUGUUUGGGUACCCAAGCUGGCUUUUGUACUCUUCGGAGCUAUCCUGCUCAGCGCACAUCUUCAAGUCUCUGGUUUCCAGAUCGAGGCUUUCACGUCACUGCGCUUCUUGGCAGAACCUUCCGAUGCUGUGACAAUGCGGGGAGGAAACGUCGUCCUGAACUGCUCUGCAGAGUCUGACCGAGGAGUGCCGGUUAUCAAGUGGAGGAAAGACGGCAUCCACCUGGCCUUGGGGCUGGAUGAACGGAAGCAGCAACUUCCAAAUGGGUCUCUAUUGAUUCAAAACAUAUUUCACUCCAGACACCAUAAGCCAGAUGAGGGGCUGUACCAGUGUGAGGCAUCUCUAGGAGGUUCCGGGUCAAUUAUCAGUCGGACGGCGAAAGUUGCAGUAGCAGGACCGCUGAGGUUCCUUUCUCAGACAGAAUCUGUCACAGCCUUCAUGGGAGACACAGUGCUGCUCAAGUGUGAGGUCAUUGGGGAGCCUAUGCCAGCAAUACACUGGCAGAAAAGCCAGCAAGACCUGACUCCAGCCCCAGGCGACUCCCGCGUGGUGGUCUUGCCAUCCGGAGCCUUGCAGAUCAGUAGACUUCAACCUGGGGACACUGGGAUCUACCGCUGCCUAGCCCGGAAUCCAGCCAGCUCAAGAAUGGGAAACGAAGCGGAAGUCAGAAUUUUAUCAGAUCCAGGACUCCAUAGGCAACUUUAUUUUCUGCAAAGACCAUCCAAUGUAAUAGCCACUGAAGGGAAAGAUGCCAUCCUGGAAUGUUGUGUUUCUGGCUAUCCUCCCCCAAGCUUUACCUGGUUACGUGGAGAGGAAGUCAUCCAACUCAGGUCCAAGAAGUAUUCUUUAUUGGGCGGAAGCAACUUGCUAAUCUCCAAUGUGACAGAUGAUGAUAGUGGAACUUACAUCUGUGUUGUCACAUAUAAAAAUGAGAAUAUCAGUGCCUCUGCAGAGCUCACAGUCUUGGUGCCGCCAUGGUUUUUAAAUCAUCCUUCCAACCUCUAUGCCUAUGAAAGCAUGGAUAUUGAGUUUGAAUGUUCAGUCUCUGGAAAGCCUGUGCCCACUGUGAAUUGGAUGAAGAAUGGAGAUGUGGUCAUUCCUAGUGAUUAUUUUCAGAUAGUGGGAGGAAGCAAUUUACGAAUCCUUGGAGUAGUGAAGUCAGAUGAAGGCUUUUAUCAAUGUGUGGCUGAAAAUGAAGCUGGAAAUGCCCAGACCAGUGCCCAGCUCAUUGUCCCUAAGCCUGCUGUGCCGAGCUCCAGCGUCCUCCCUUCUGCUCCCCGAGAUGUGGUUCCUGUCUUGGUUUCCAGUCGUUUUGUCCGCCUCAGCUGGCGCCCACCUGCAGAAGCAAAAGGGAACAUUCAAACCUUCACAGUCUUUUUCUCCAGAGAAGGUGACAACAGGGAACGAGCAUUGAAUACAUCUCAGCCCGGGUCCCUUCAGCUCACUGUGGGAAACCUGAAGCCAGAAGCCAUGUACACCUUCCGAGUUGUGGCCUACAAUGAGUGGGGACCAGGGGAGAGCUCUCAACCCAUCAAAGUGGCCACUCAGCCUGAGUUGCAAGUUCCAGGACCAGUAGAAAACCUGCAAGCUGUAUCUACCUCACCUACCUCAAUUCUUAUUACCUGGGAACCCCCUGCCUAUGCAAAUGGUCCUGUCCAAGGUUACAGAUUGUUCUGCACUGAGGUGUCCACGGGAAAGGAACAGAAUAUAGAAGUUGAUGGACUAUCUUAUAAGCUGGAAGGCCUGAAAAAAUUCACAGAAUAUACUCUUCGAUUCCUAGCUUAUAAUCGCUAUGGGCCUGGAGUAUCUACUGAUGACGUAACAGUGGUUACACUUUCUGAUGUGCCAAGUGCCCCACCUCAGAACGUCUCCCUGGAAGUAGUUAAUUCAAGGAGUAUCAAAGUAAGCUGGCUGCCUCCUCCAUCAGGAACACAAAAUGGAUUUAUUACUGGCUAUAAAAUUCGACACAGAAAGACGACCCGCAGGGGUGAGAUGGAAACACUGGAGCCAAACAACCUCUGGUACCUGUUCACAGGACUGGAAAAAGGAAGUCAGUACAGUUUCCAGGUGUCAGCCAUGACAGUCAAUGGCACUGGACCACCUUCCAACUGGUACACAGCAGAGACCCCGGAGAAUGAUCUAGAUGAGUCUCAAGUCCCUGACCAGCCAAGUUCUCUCCAUGUGAGGCCCCAGACCAACUGUAUCAUCAUGAGCUGGACCCCUCCCUUGAACCCCAACAUCGUGGUGCGAGGUUACAUAAUUGGUUACGGUGUUGGGAGCCCUUAUGCGGAGACAGUGCGUGUGGAUAGUAAACAGAGAUAUUACUCCAUUGAGAGGUUAGAGUCAAGUUCCCAUUAUGUAAUCUCCCUAAAAGCUUUUAACAAUGCAGGAGAAGGAGUUCCUCUUUAUGAAAGUGCCACCACCAGAUCUAUAACAGAUCCCACUGACCCAGUUGAUUAUUAUCCUUUGCUUGAUGAUCUCCCCACCUCGGUCCCAGACGUCUCCACCCCCAUGCUCCCACCAGUAGGUGUUCAGGCUGUGGCUCUUACCCACGAUGCUGUGAGGGUCAGCUGGGCAGACAACUCUGUCCCUAAGAACCAAAAAACGUCUGAAGUGCGACUUUACACUGUCCGGUGGAAGACCAGCUUUUCUGCGAAUGCGAAAUACAAGUCAGAAGACACCACAUCCCUGAGUUACACAGCAACAGGCCUCAAGCCAAACACAAUGUAUGAGUUUUCCGUCAUGGUAACAAAAAACAGAAGGUCAAGCACAUGGAGCAUGACUGCUCAUGCCACCACGUCUGAAGCAGCCCCGACCUCUGCUCCAAAGGAUCUGACAGUCAUUACUCGAGAAGGGAAGCCUCGCGCUGUCAUUGUGAGUUGGCAGCCUCCCUUGGAAGCCAAUGGGAAAAUUACUGCUUACAUCUUGUUUUAUACCUUGGAUAAGAACAUACCAAUUGAUGACUGGAUUAUGGAAACCAUCAGUGGUGAUCGGCUUACUCAUCAAAUCAUGGAUCUCAACCUCGACACCAUGUAUUAUUUUCGAAUUCAAGCACGAAAUGCAAAAGGAGUGGGGCCCCUCUCUGAUCCCAUCCUCUUCAGGACUCUCAAAGUGGAACACCCUGACAAAAUGGCUAAUGACCAAGGUCGUCAUGGAGAUGGAGGUUAUUGGCCAGUUGAUACUAAUUUGAUUGAUAGAAGCACUCUUAAUGAGCCCCCCAUUGGCCAGAUGCACCCCCCACAUGGCAGCGUCACUCCUCAGAAGAACAGCAACCUGCUUGUGAUCAUUGUGGUCACUGUUGGCGUCAUCACUGUGCUGGUGGUGGUGAUCGUGGCCGUGAUUUGCACCAGGCGCUCGUCAGCCCAACAGAGAAAAAAACGGGCUACCCACAGUGUUGGCAAAAGGAAGGGCAGCCAGAAGGACCUGCGGCCCCCAGAUCUUUGGAUACAUCAUGAAGAAAUGGAGAUGAAAAAUAUUGAGAAGCCAUUGGCCACUGACCCUACAGGAAGGGACUCUCCCAUCCAGAGUUGCCAAGACCUCACACCCGUGAGCCACAGCCAGUCAGAGACCCAGCUGGGGAGCAAAAGCACCUCUCACUCAGGUCAAGACACUGAAGAAGCAGGGAGCUCCAUGUCCACUCUGGAAAGGUCACUGGCUGCACGCCGAGCCACCCGGGCUAAGCUCAUGAUUCCUAUGGAUGCCCAGUCCAGCAAUCCCGCUGUCGUGAGUGCCAUUCCUGUGCCAACGCUAGAAAGUGCCCAGUACCCAGGAAUCCUUCCGUCUCCCACCUGUGGAUACCCCCACCCGCAGUUCACCCUCCGGCCUGUGCCAUUCCCAACACUGUCAGUGGACCGAGGUUUCGGAGCAGGAAAAACAGUGAAUGAUGCACCUACGACCCAGCAGCCAUCCAUGUUGCCCCCAGCGCAGCCUGAGCAUCCCAGCGGUGAGGAGGCACCAAGCAGAACCAUCCCCACGGCCUGUGUUCGACCAACUCAUCCACUGCGCAGCUUUGCUAACCCCUUGCUACCUCCACCAAUGAGUGCAAUAGAACCGAAAGUCCCUUACACACCUCUUUUAUCCCAGCCAGGACCUACUCUUCCCAAGACUCAUGUUAAAACAGCCUCCCUGGGCCUGGCUGGAAAGGCAAGAUCUCCUUUGCUUCCUGUAUCCGUGCCAACAGCCCCUGAGGUGUCUGAGGAGGGCCACAAGCCAACAGAGGAUCCAGCCAAUGUGUACGAACAGGAUGAUUUGAGUGAACAAAUGGCAAGUUUGGAAGGGCUAAUGAAGCAACUUAAUGCCAUCACAGGCUCAGCCUUUUAAAAAAUGUAUUGCUGAAUCGAUGAGGUGAAUUUUCUGGGAACUUUCCAGCAUACCAAUUACCCAUAUACAGCACACCUGAGUCCAAGAACUCUAACCAGUGUACAGGUCAACCAUCAGGACCGCCCACUUACAAAAGAUCCUGAAGCAGUCCAGAAGGAAUAUGUUCCCUUCUUUCACAGGCAUCAGGAAUUUCAAAACGGUGAUUAUGGGGUCCCUAAACAAAAGCAAAGAUCCAUCUUCACUGCAAUGUCAAAGUGUAAGCUGCUAGCCUGGUCCUGAGUCUUUGCCACUGCAGUGACUACACUGUCAUAACGAAUGCUUACGUUUUCCUUCAUCGGGGCCCGUCGCUUCUUUACGUGUAGGUCUGGUCUUUACAAAAUGCAAGUGCAUUAUUUCAGCCUGUACCGUGCCAUGCUAAAUCAGUGCAAGCUCACUAUUUUGUUUUCAACUUUAAAGUACAGAGCAUCCAGGGGAAUCCUCUCACUACACAGCACCAAAGGAUUGGAUGUUUUCCUGACAGCACAAAAAGUAAAUAAGUAAACAAAAAGCAGGGGAUGCUUAUGUUUUACAAUUCAGACAUUCAUCUUGUCCAAGUGGUGGAUAUUAGCAAGUGGCUAUAAAAUUCACCCAUUUUAGUAUUUGUAAAUCCACCCUUGGCUAACAUUUAUGUCUGCAGAGCAGGAACAUACAAAUCUGCCACUAGUGGCAUGCUGCCAGCAGCAGUCGACUUCCAGAAAGAGGAUACAGUAUGCACUCUUCCCAGACACUGUCAUUAUGUGUGUAAGCUUGUAACAGGACGCUUUUCAAUUUGGGUGGCUCUUGUGCCAUACCACACUGUGAUGACAUUUCAAAGCUUCACCACGGCCAUCUUCCCCAGGAGUCUGGCCCCAAGAGACUCCUCUUCUGCUCUGUCCCUUUCCGAGUUCUCCUUGGCAGCCAGCCUCAGAGCAGGUGGCCAGCUUCACACAUCGCGUGGCCUGCCCAGCAUCCAGUAACCCCCUAUGGAAAGGGCAGACUCCCUGAGAACAGGCCCUGAGGAAGGAGAGGGAAAGGAAGGCAUUUUCAAGUAGUACUUCCUCCUGAGUGAUGUCACUUCUGCCAACAGGGUCCUCGCUGACUUAGAGCGAGGCAGUACUGGUAAGUGACAAUGACUAGGCUCUGUUAUCAAGGGGACCUUCCAUGCCUUGCCUGCCCAGGGUCUGAGAGGAUCAGAGGGGAAAGCACCACUUAAUAUUUCUGACACAUCAUAAAGCCAGUGGACGCUUUUCAAAGCUGCGUCUUCAUUGUGAGCUAGAAUUUUAAACUUCUAUUGCCAUGUUUAUCUGCAGCUUGAAACUAGGUGACAUUAAGAACAUUGUGUGUGCACCCUGUCAGUUUCUGAAUUUUCAGCUGCAUUUGGAGUUAAUCCUGUUUAUGCAGCCGAAUCGCCAAAAGGGGGCUAGUUUGCAUAUUUAUCAGUUAGGUGACUUGAAAAACCAGUAAGAGAGUUUCAGCUGAAUUAUUCCUUUCAGCUCUGCCUUUGAUUUCAAGCUUGAGUAGGUCAUAAUUUUAAAAGAGCAUGGAAGGGAUAGGAUCUUUACAACCUAAUAGCUCCUUUUAUUAGGUGGGUAAUUAUAUAUGAAUCCCUGAAUAAAAUAUUUUGAGCAAAAUGGCACUGUAACAGAAGUAAUAAUUCAGAUUAUUUUUUUACAGUUUUAUGUCGAGAAGGAAAUCUGAUGUCAAAGAGAGGGCUUGCUCAAAUGGUUCAUUAGAAAGUCUGGUCCAUUUGUGAAAUUGUUCCUUCGACGAGAGUGCUUGUUCGAUUUACUAAGAUUUUCUGGAAGUCCUUCUGAGGAGCUAAGUGACAUUAUUCUGUGGGGCAGUUUAUUCUUGUAAUCUUGGACACUUAAGGAGACAACCCUCCGCCGACCUGGAACAAGGCAUUUCCUAACAUAAUACUGAAUCUUGCAGAAAUAAUCCAUUGCUUAAGAAAAUGUUCAUUAGGCUAGCCUUACCUUCUCAAGGUUCUGGAAUGGCCUCCCCUUUCUAGUUCUCACAAACAGGAGCAUUCUCUGAAGGCAUCUGACACCCAAAGAAGGUCAUGCUGAGUGCUCAACUUGGAACUGGCUGCAAAACUCAAAUUUCAGGGAUUGAGUCAAAUCUUCAAACCGUAGACUGUAUGUGGACAAUCAAGAAAACUGACACUUUCACAAAAUUCUAGACAGCUCUAGUCGAAGUCAAUGACAUUAGGAAAUAAAAUUUUAAAAAUACAUGAAAACACACAUUAUUUGUUUUCAGUGAGCAGUGUAUUUCUGCUGCAUGCUCUUGAAACUUUCUUCAUUACACAAAGGUAGUGCUUUAUUUUAGUAACUGGCAAUGCUAACAAGCCUUAGUUUCACACCUUGAAUAUGGCACUACAUUUAGAUUCUCUCAGAAGACUCUUACAUGAUUGCCCAGUGAUUUAAUAUGCAAUGGCUUCACCACAAUUUCUGUACAAUUCUGCCCCCCACUCUCUCAAAUAGUUCGUGUAUGUGUACAACUGCCUGUCCAAAUUUUCAGAUAACUUUUUAAUUUUCCAGUCUCCUGAUCUCUUGACAAGAAACAAUUUGUGAAUACUGCAAGAUAGCUUCUAUUUUGCUCCUACUCCAAGUCUAGUUCAUAACAUAUAGGGCUCUUUAAGCUCAUAAAUCUCUCUGACUCCCAUAUGACAGUGCUUGAGAGCCAACCAGCAGCUCUGCCACCAGGACUCAUUUCUGCCUGAAAAAAGAAGAAAAUAAAACUUGGCAGUGCAUGCUCAGGCCUCCCCUGCACUGUGCUGAACUGUCGACCAUGAGCUUCCUCUGGAAAAAGUUCAGUAUUUUUCUUUUCUAUUUCAUACAGAUAAGAACGUUAUUUUCUUUCCUCUAGAAAUGUCUGCAUUUGUUAAACUCACAAAAAUGCAUGUAGUUCAAGAUGCAGAAGGCAUAUUUUGGAGGAUGCUUUAGCCAAAGUUAAAUAUUUCUUAGUGAUUCAUAUUCAGUAAGAAACCCAGUUGGAGCUACCGCUCUGUAGAACAGAGAAGCUUCUAGAAUAUUAAAAUAAUGGAACUUUACAUUUGGGUAUUACAAAAUGUACACUCAAAUGAACCAUCUGGAAACAUGUCAAGCCAGGGAUAAAAGAGGUGAGUUUAUUAAGGCUUCCUGUCAGGGGUUGGAUAGAGCAUUAUUCCCUCGAAAUAAGGGUUGUUCAAACCAACAUGUACACCCAGCCCUCUGCCUUCAGAGAGCUGCCCAGCGUUAGUGUGUCUUUCCAGACAAUAUUUGGAAACUGUAAAGUUCGACACUCACUGGCUUUUCAUAAAAGGGUCUCUAAGUACAAUUGUUUCUGGAAGCCUUCAUCGUCUGUGCUUAAAGAUGGUGGCUCAUUCUCAUCUGCCUUUUUGAUACAUCUGUCUGUUGACUUUGUUUAAAGAAACAUCUUAAGGUCUUUCCAAAUGUAUAGAGCAUCUCAUACACAGCAACAGCUGUCAUUCCAACCGAGAAAGGCCACCUCUGAAGUGACCCUUACCAGUUUAGAUGAAAUUAUAUCCCAGACUCAGACUUCUGAUGGUUUUAGAAUGUCCAUUUCUAGCGCACUAGAGAGAGAAAAACAGAAGAAUUCUCCAGUUUUAUGUUUUUUAAAGAAAGCAAAAUCAUCUGAACUUUAAAACAGACGUGGAGCAAGGUUGCUCUCCCUUCCUUAACCAGUUUCCUUCAGACAACCACAAACCAUCCUGAAGACCAGACACUAGUUCCCCAGUCUGCUCAUAAACAUAUACGCAAUACAGAG